AUGGCGACACCCGCCUCGUCGGCAUACGCCUUCCAUCACCGCUUUGAUGCUGUGCCGGACAAGCACUCCGCGAUCGCCAACGGAAACCCUGCUGAUGCACCCAAGCGUGAAGAGCACUUUGAGUACCCUGACCUAGAUGCUGGUCAGUUUUACUCUUCGGCCGCGCCACAUACCGCUACAGCUACAGCACCCGCACCCGCUCCUUCCAAUCUCCCCGACUUUCCAGAGUUCAAGAGCUUCGACUCCAAGUCCGAAUUCUUUUCUGGAAACAACUUUUUCCAGCAGUAUGCGCCUCAGCCCGCGCUCUCGGCUGCCUUGGUCGAGCCUCAGUCUGCACAGAUCGAAGGCAGCCCCGAGCUCGACCAGCUCGAUACAACUGCUAAAUCGGAAGCACAACAAGCAGCGCCAGAAGCACCAGCACCAGCAGCAGCAGCCCCUCGUGACGAGCAGGAGCCCGCACAGCCCGCAUCGCCCCCUCAACCGCAGCAACACGCUCCGGCUCCUGCACCGCAAGUGUCUGCAGAGACAGGCAGAGCAGACGUGAAUGGCAGCGCGGAGUCGCAUUCGCAUCCGCAACAGCACGAGCCGCAGCAGGCCCAUCAAGCUCCUGAGCAGCCACAGCUCGAACGUCACUUUUCCUCGGCCAGCUCCUACGUCCAACAGCCCUCGUCGCACACCGUCAGCCACGACUCGCAAGCCCCUUCCCAUCACUCGCAUACCAGCCAGCGCAGUCCGCUCCCCAAGCCUCCGUCAAUGCCCAACUCUCCGCCCACGCAGCACAUACAGACAAAUGGAGUUGGAUAUCAACAUAACAUGCCGCCACGCAGCCCUCCAGCUCCCGCAUUUGCCUUCCCUGGGCAGACAGCCCCAGCCACAGGAUCAUCACAGUUGCAAUCAGCCGCAUCACCGCACAGGCCGCUUCCUCAGCCUUCUGCCGAUGCUCUUCCCAUGGCUGGCCUUAAUAUCAACGGAGCAGAGCGUCCCACCGAUCAGCAGCCACCCGCCCAACCCGCCAACAAUCGCGACGAGAGCGGCGACCGAAUCCGACCGAGCAGCUUUUUCGGUAUGCAGAGGCCUGCUGCUGCGCUUAACGCUGCCGGCCAACAAGUGCCAGUCCCUGCCAGCAUGCUCGCGGACGACGACGGCUUCUACCAGGACCAGCAGCAUCUCAGUCAGACCAACGGCCAACCUCAGCCUCAGCAGCGCAACCUGCAAGACAUGCAACAGGCCCCUCGCCCCUCGUCCUUCUUUGGUGCAGAGGGCGAGCUGGCAUCCAAUGGCGCCCCAGAGUCCUUGUCCAACUCCAGCCACGCACGCGAUGCGAGUGCACCUGGAACGCGCCGCUCUUCCAUCCAUCGCGCAGAGUCGACGCUUCGUGGCAUCUCAACCGCUGCUGGUGGCACAGGAAACGGUCCCAUGCCGACCUCGGGUGGCUUCGGAGGCCUUGGUCCCGCGGGCGCAACGCGUCCUGCUAGCAUUGCUCCAUCGGUAGCGAGCGGGCCGUUGCUCGACCACAGCCAUCUCAAGGUCGGCCAAAAAGCAUCUUUGCUCAGCCACGGAAAGACGCUCGAGCUCUACCGCCAAAAUGCAAAGAAGACCAACGACCCUAACCUCAUCUACGAGCUCGCCGUCUUUAUGGUCGACGCCGCUAAGACUAUGGGCACUGACGAAGACGGAACUGGACCCGUCACAGCCGUCAACGGCCCCAACAAGAUCGACACGCAGAAGGAAGAGCUCAUGAAGGAGGCCACCGGCCUGCUCAAGAAAAUCGCCGAUCGAGGCCACCCGGACGCGCAGUACUUCCUGGCCGACUGCUACGCAAACGGCAUCGGCACGCGCACGGGCAAGCAAGACUUUGGGCAAGCCUACACCUACUUUGUCCUCGCUGCGAAGCACGGCCAUCCCGAUGCUGCCUACCGCGCAGGCACCUGCUACGAGAAGGGCUGGGGCUGCCGCAAGGACACGGGCAAGGCGCUCCAGUUCUAUCGCAAGUCGGCCGCCCAGAGCCAUCCAGGUGCCAUGUACCGCCUCGCUACUGCUGAGCUCAAUGGCGAACUUGGCCUCAAGAAGAACGCCAAGGAGGGCGUCAAGUGGCUCAAGCGCUCCGCCGAAGCUGCCACUCCCGAGUUCCCACACGCGCUUCACGAGCUCGCGCUGCUUCACGAGCGUGGCAUCGACAACGUACUCUUUGUCGACCCCGAGUACAGCUGCGAGCUGCUCGCGCAGGCGGGCGAGUUGGGAUACGCACCCAGCGCCUACAAGCUCGGCGUCAACUACGAGUACGGACGCAUGGGCUGCCCGCAGGACGGAGGUCUCAGCAUCCACAUGUACAACAUCGCCGCCCAGCAGAACCACAAGGAGGCCUGCUUUGCGCUCACCGCCUGGUACCUGGUGGGUGCGCCGGGCAUCUUGCCUCAGUCGGACACCGAGGCCUACCUGUGGGCCAAAAAGGCAGCCGAGCAGGGUCUUGCCAAGGCGGAAUACGCCGUGGGCUACUUUACAGAGAUGGGCAUCGGCACUGUCAAGGACCUCGCCGAGGCCAGAGCGUGGUACCAGAGGGCAGCCGAUCACGGUGACAAGCGUGCCAACCAGCGCGUGGCCGCGCUUCAAGGUCAAGGUCAAGGGCAAGGUCGGGGCGGCCCAACUAGCCUUGCUGGUGUUGGCGCAGCACAGCCGCCCAUCAAUCGACAGCAGCAGCGCAUGGAGCAGAAGCAAGAGCAGCGCGAGAGCAUGCACGAGUUUGGACGACGCGCUCAGCCCACUUCGGCGCCCUUCCCGGGCAGCUUCACGCAGAGCUCGAUGGCGCCGAGCACGCAGAUGAGCUAUCCGUCGCCGCUCGCCAUGCGAGAAGCGCAGACGGCGCAGCGAGAGCAGCAGUAUAUGGCUAAUGUGGCCGCCAACGAGCGGGCCCAGGCACGCGCCAUGCUGCGACAUUCGCCAUCGCAGGCCGAAUUAGGCUCACCCAUGUCUGCUGGUGCUUCGCCCGUGAUCGGCUUGCCUCGUCCACCAUCCAUCAUGCCGCAGCAGCAUCCACAGUACCAGCCGCAGCAGCAUCAGCAGUAUCAGCAGUAUCAGCCACAGCAGGCGCCUUUUCAGGUUGCGCAACCGCCCCGACAAGGCUCUCCAUCGUCGCAGCCACCCAUGCCGUUCUCGCAGCAACAGGCGUACCCUUCCUAUCCCAUGAGCGCCAGCACGGCUCCUCCGCAGCCGGCUGCCAACGGGGCGGUGCACGCGCACAACCCCAUGUUCCCACCUGCACACGGUCCUCACUACACUUCUCAUCCCGGUAUGGGAGCUGGUCCCGGUCCUGGACUCGGUCCCGCCGGCCCUGGCAGUCCUACCAUGGGUGGUGCUCCGACUAGCACGUCGCCACCUGCCAAGGCUGACUUGGGCAAGGACGAUGACAAGAAAAAGAAGAAGGGUUGGUUCGGCCGAUCGUAG